GCACCUUUUAAGCGUCUUCAUUUGUGAAACUUAAAAUAGACAGCUCUCUGCAGGACACAUGUUCGCCACCCCCCCUUCCCCAGUGGUGUCAGUUAUCUUAUACCUCGGAUUUUGAUGGGGUGAAACUAUAAAAAGGUCACCAGGAGCACCGGGAAGAUCACUGCAGUCGACUUGAGUCUUGUCUGUAUCAUCUGUACUCUGCAAAGCAAAGACACCAGAGAUCAAAAUGGCCUUCCAAAAGUUACUGGAUGACAGCAAGAUCGCUGCAGCCCUGGCGGAGUGCAAAGACGCUGGCACAUUCUGCCACAAGAAGUUCUUUUCCACCUGUGGUCUGACCGGCAAGAGCACCGAGGACGUAAAGAAGGCCUUCAGCAUCAUCGACCAGGACAAGAGCCAUUUCAUUGAGGAGGAUGAGCUGAAGCUGUUCCUGCAGAACUUCAAGGAAAAUGCACGCGCUCUCACCGAUGCAGAGACCAAGACUUUCCUGAAGGCCGGCGACACCGACGGUGAUGGCAAGAUUGGUGAUGCAGAGUUCGUUGCCAUGGUUAAACCAUAAACUGUUCAACUGACCAACAACACCAGCUCUGAUGGAACAACAAAGCCCACAUCGACCUCCCCCCCCUUUUCAUCUGAAUAUAAAUGACUUUUAUACAUUUGCUCCAGAGAAGUUUCCUCCUCUACGCAACACACUGUCCAAAACUGAUGAUUGUGAAUGUCGCUCGGUUGUGUUCAUGUCUUAAAUAUGAAUUUUGCUUACUGUAAAAACCUAUGAUGCACUUUCCAGGAACGAACGGUAUUAAAAAAAAAAAUGAAUAAAUAUUCUUUUUGCUUUUGUUUAUUCUUCAUACAUGAUUUGUGUCUCAAUACACACUCAAUUUACACCAAAUCAUAAUCUGACACAUUCUGAGUGACAGACUUCCAUUUCAUUUUAUUUGCCAUGAAAUUGAAAGUGUUCAAAAGCAUAGACAAUAAUGGAUAAAUAAAGAAAGCAAUGCAAACACA